GUGGGACUUGGUUGCCCUGUCGCUGAGCCUGCCACUGCUGUGGUGGUCAAAUGUCCUUGGCCGCCCCGUAGUUCACGAUUUGUACGGUCUCCUACUCAUGGCUGAUUCGACCGCGUUCAGCGAUUUUACAUCGCUUCUCUGUGCACUGUCGCCUGCUCAACUGCUGACGGCUAGACACGCGAUCGAUGCCCUUCUCACGCCAGACUCCCUCCAAGAAGCAAAUCAGCAGCUAUCGCCUCUUCUCCGCCUGCCACAUGAUGUCCUCGAACGAAUAGUCGAGCAUUCUGUGUCAUACAACCACGAUGUUGCAACUGAAACCAAGGAACCCGGCCUGCUGCAGACGUGCCAUGCACUUCGAAUCAUGGCCUCAAAGGCCUACUUCAGCCAAAACACGUUCAAGAGGAAGCGGAGACUGAGCGAAGAUAGCCUGGACCAGUGGGCAAAAUUUAGGAUCGGCGAGAACAGGAGGUUCGUUCGCAAGGUUCGCAUAGGGCCGCCUACGCACUGCAAUAACGAGGACGCAGAAGAGGAGGCAAGCAUGCUCGAGAAGGCCUAUGGAUUCCCUACUGGAACUGUCUGGUGUCUUUCUGAGGAUGACUACGAGAAUGACUACAAGUGGUGGGUCAAUUCACGAGGGGAAACGGAAAUAUGCGAGGAUCAGACGAGCGACGACAGCACCAUCGCAGAUUGCUUCAGAGCAGUCGACUCCUCCUCCAAGCCUGCUGCUUCAUGGUAUUGCACAUCCUGGGCACAAGGCCAUCGUGCUACAGACUACUUCAGUCUCCGGCGAGCACCACCAACCCCGGAAUCGAGACCAAGCGCUUCAGAUUCGCAUUGAACAUGUGGUUCUCGACUCGAAUGGGCGAUAAUUGUCUGGCAAUACGUGGCAUGAUGGUGCAUUAAGACCUUAUGGCUGGCCAUGACGGCAGCACGUGGUCUGCACAGGAAAGGCCAGAACCCUGUGCUCGACGCUGCGAAACCUGAGCGCGCAUGCCUCAGAAGUCACGGUAUGGCUCUCAGGAGCCGAAUGAACAAACCUAAAGUCACUUGAUGAAUGUGCAUUGCGGAGCAACAGCAGCCGACUAGACAGGUGUUGGUAUCUGCGUUCUCGCGAACAACAUGGCAUGCUUCGAAUGCUUGUCAUUCCGAGAUCCCUGGGCUCGUGGCCGUGUCGAACAUUGGAGUGGAGAACUGGGGUCGAGGCAUGAGGAAGCAUUGUGGACAUUUGUGAAGAGUUUCGCGCAUUCAAGGAAACUGUAUCAAAAGUUCUGUACGAUAUGCAAAGAGACAUUGCAGUAAUUUGUGAUAUGCAACGGCAGCAUAGGCAGUAGUAUGUAGAGUAUGCUCGGUGGCUAUAUGAUGCCAAGCGUGGCACUGGAAGACAAGUGCUCGAGCAUAUUAUCAAGCAUUCAACACAGACACUAAUCUGACCAUUGACGGCCC